CAGUCGUCGGUGUUCCGAGAUAAGCAUUGCUGCUGGUCCCCCCAUUAACUGAUAACAAGUGAUUAAAAGCCGGUGGUUUAUAGGUUUCUGGGUGUACUAUCGACGGGAUCUAUAUCACUGGCAAGCUGCCUAGAAGAAUUCACUUCAUUCAGUUGAAAUCUGCCGCCUGGUAGAACAAGUUGUCACUUCCUGGCCUGGUCUCUAGUUUUUUAAGAUUCCAAAGAGCAAGAAGAGUGUGAUAGUCUGAGGAUGGCGCAACUGAAGGGAUUGGGGCGACUGCUGAUCGCUGUGACCUUUUUCACGGCCGGCUUCUUUAUAAACAUUGCCCAGCUCUUUCUGAUCUUGGUGGUGAGGCCUUUCGACAAGCGUCUCUCCCGAAGUAUUAUGUACUAUCUCACCUACUCCUUCUAUUGUAUUCUGGUUUGUGUGGCUGAAUGGUAUGCCGGUGGCAAGCUGAGGGUCUACAUCGAUCCCGAGGACGAGAAGAGGUUCUUCGGCAAGGAGCAUGGCCUGCUUCUGAUGAACCACACGUACGAGAUCGACUGGCUCACCGCCUGGAUGAUCACGGACAAGCUGGGAAUUCUGGGCGGCACCAAAGCCUACGCUAAGAAGAUGCUCCGCUAUGUUCCAAUUGUGGGAUGGGUCUGGUGGAUGGCCGAGUUCAUCUUCCUGGACCGUAACUUCGAGAAGGACAAGAUUGUGAUCAAGAACCAGCUAAAGGAGGUCUUCUCGUAUCCGGAUCCGGUGUGGCUGCUUUUGAAUGCAGAGGGAACUCGCUUUACUCCGGCCAAGCACGAGCUGUCCGUGAAGUUCGCCCAGGAACGGGGUCUUCCCGUGCUCAAGCAUCACUUGAUUCCGCGAACCAAGGGAUUCACCACCAGCCUGCCCACAAUGCGAGGCAUCUGUCCAGCCAUCUACGACAUCAAUCUCGCCUUCAAGCGGGAUGCCGAGCCAAAGCCCACCUUGCUGUCGCAGUUAAAUGGAGAGCCCGUGGAGCCGUACAUGUACAUUCGACGAGUGCCGCUGGAGCAGGUCCCCGAUGGUGAAAAGGAGGCCGCUGCCUGGAUGCAGGACUUCUACGUGGAGAAGGACAAGAUCAUCGACAGCUUCCAUGAGACCGGAAGCUUCUUCAAGACUUCGGGCGUGAAAGCGGUCCCCGAAAAGAUCUACAAGCCUCGUCUUAGCACGCUUCUCAACUUUAUUGGCUGGGCCAGCUUCGCUUCUCUAGGAAUUCUCUACUAUUUGGUCACCUCAUUGAUUGCGGGCAACUGGUUUGGAUUCAUUACCGUUGUACUAAUCCUCGGAGGCUUUUAUGGUCUUAUGGCGCACGCCGUUAAUGCCUCGAAGAUCAGCAAAGCGUCUGCCUAUGGGGCCGCUGGCAAGAAGUAGGUUCGAAGAGUUUUGGGAACUCGGCAACAUCUUUUUUAAUGAGAUGGAUUAUAUUUAAUCAUUACUCAACUACAUGACAAUAGAAGUAAAGUACAUUUUGUUGAAUGUACAAGUGAAUGAAGUUAAACUGAAUAAAAAGUACUGAAAUUAAA